AUGCCCGUCCAGGAUUUCCAUGACUUCCACUACCUCUACACCCCUGCUUCAAAACCUUUCUUUAAAAAGAUGAAAGCGAGGCAGAGCGGUCUCAUGUACACUCGUGAUGCUGCAGUGAGUCUUCUUAUCGCGUGGAUGCAGUCCAUCGUGCUCAAUGCUUUCGAGACCGUGCUUGCUCACAUGGCUCUCCUUGACCCAGUGUUCUUUCAUUCCAGUUUGAGACCACUCGAGUGA